AUGCCUCCAAAUUCUCCAUACCUUAGAAUUUUCAGCAAAAACAAACUGGAAGUACCUCAUUUACAAGGCAUCAUAACUCAUUUCUCAAGAUGCAAAAACAAACAAAAACUACUUCAAAUCCAUGCACAACUAAUUACCACCGGCAUUAUUCAAAACCCUCCAAUUGCCAGCAAUCUCAUUGCUUCUUUUGCCUCAUUUUCUCUUCCCACUACAAUCUCCAUUGCCCAUUCAAUAGCAACUAGAGUAGAGGGUCUGGAUACUUUCACUUGGAACACCAUCAUUCGAGGUUAUCUUGAUAGAAGCAAUGGUAAACAAGCUCUUCUAGUUUAUUCCCAUGUCAGAAGUAUAGGUCUCAAUGUGGAUAGUUAUUCCCUGCAGUUUGUAAUCAAGGCAUGUGGACUUAUUUCAGCUGUUCUCCAAGGAAAACAGAUACAUGCCCAGAAAUGCAAAUUGGGUUUUUCAUCAGAGGUCAUAGUUCAAACUGCUCUAAUAAAUAUGUAUAGUUUAUUUGGUGAGGUGGAUUUUGCACAGAAGGUGUUCGACGAAACACCUCAGAGGGAUACAGUGAUGUGGAACUCUGUUCUUGCUGUAUAUGCUCAACACAAUAUGGCCUAUCAGGCACUUGUGUAUGCUCGUGCUAUGGUAAAUGCUGGCUUGAGACUUAACGGGGUCAGCGUUGUUAGUGUGCUAUCAGCUUGCUCGUCUUUGAAGGCCUUGAGAGAAGGAAAGGUAGUUCAUGGCUACUUAAUUAGGCACCUUAUUACUGAUAUUGAUGUAAUAGUUUACAAUACUCUUAUUGACAUGUACUCAAAGUGUGGAUCUUUAUGGAAUGCUCACCAGAUAUUCCGGGUGAUGUCCAUAAAAAACGUGGUUUCUUGGACUUCUAUGAUCAAUGCUUAUAGCUAUAGUAACUUGUUCAAUGAAGCAUUGACUUUGUUUCAAGAAAUGGAAGGUGAAAAUGUUACACCAGAUGAGGUUACCAUGCUGUCCAUUGUUUCAAUAUGCUCCAAACUGGGAAGCUCUGAGCUUGGAGACUGGAUUGACAAUUACAUUAAGAAAAAUAGGUUUAAAAAGUUUCAAAGCACUACUAUGUUAAAUGCUCUGAUGGACAUGUAUGCUAAAUGUGGGAACAUCAAAAAAGCUUGUGAAGUCUUUGACUGGAUGAUCAAGAGAACAUUAGUGUCUUGGACUACUAUAAUACAUGGACUAGCUAUGCAUGGAUAUGCAAUUCCUGCUCUUCUCCGGUUCUCUCAUAUGCAAAGGGAAGGUUUUAAACCAGAUGGGGUUGUCUUCCUCAGCAUCUUAUCCGCUUGCAGCCAUGCCGGUUUAGCUGAUGAGGGGCGCAAAUGUUUUAACUCAAUGAUACAGGAAUACCACAUGAAACCGGGGAGAGAACACUACGGUUGUAUGAUUGAUCUUCUGUGCAGAGGUGGGCUGGUGAAUGAGGCAUUUGAACUUGUUUGCAGUAUGCCCGAGAAGCCGGACAUGAUCAUGUGGCGUAUGCUAAUAGGGGCUUGCAGAAACCAAGGAGAUAUCAGUUUGGUAGAUGAAAUAUCUAGCCAUUUAAAUGGAAAUGGAAUGGGGCCUAAGUGUAGUGAAGACUAUGGACUAUUAUCAAAUGUGUAUGCUGAAGCGGGUCAGUGGGUACGUGUAAAAGAGAUUAGGAAAGAGAUGAAAAUUAAAGGUUUGAUGAAGCUUGAUCCAGGUUUUAGCUCUGUAGAGGCAUAUUAA